AUGUUUCGUCUAGCGACUCGUUUCCUCCCUCUGGGCGUUCGAUUUCAGUCGACCGCUGCAGCAAAGGCACUUCCACGAACGGUUCGAAGCAUUCGAAAGCUCUACGAAAAAGGGGAGCCCAUUGCAUGUAUGACAGCCCAUGAUUAUCCUACUGCCAUGCUUGCUAGUAAAGCAGACAUGGAUGUAUUGCUUGUCGGCGAUUCCUUGGCAAUGGUCGCUUUGGGUCGCGAGGACACAAAUACUUUAACGCUAGAUGAAAUGAUUCAUCAUUGCAAGGCGGUUAAGCGUGGAUCUGGACGCAGUUUUGUCGUAGCUGACAUGCCGUUUGGUAGCUAUGAACUUUCUCCUCAACAUGCACUUAAAAGUGCUAUUCGCAUGUUCCGUGAAGGAAGAAUCCAGGCUGUGAAGUUGGAGGGAGGCCGAGAAAUUGCUCCAACCAUUGCAGCCAUUACCUCUGCUGGUAUUCCUGUGGUUGGCCAUAUUGGUCUUCUCCCUCAACGCCAGGCUGUGACGGGUGGUUUCACCGUUCAAGGCAAGUCAGAAGAGACGGCACGUCGUGUGUUUGAGGAUGCCUUGUCCGUUCAGGAAGCAGGUGCAUUUGCUGUCGUUCUUGAAGCAAUCCCUGCUUCCCUCGCUCAGUUUAUUACGUCCAAGUUACAAAUACCUACGAUUGGAAUUGGUGCCGGUCACCAUUGUUCUGGUCAAGUUCUUGUACAGAUGGACGCCUUGGGCGUCUUCGACCGUUUUAGGCCUAAGUAUGUCUCCGUCUUCUCGUUUAUUGAAACUAACAUAUGCAGGUUUGUUCGUGUGUACGACGAAAUCGGUAAACGAGCUCAAGCCGCUUUGUCCACGUAUCGAGAUGAAGUCAAAUCCAAAACAUUCCCGUCCGAAGAGAACUCUUAUGAUCUUAAAGAACACGAAAAGGUUUCUCUAGCCAAGUUUUUUGAUGAGUAUAAGAAUUGA